AUGGACAAGGUGCCGGUGCCGCCGCGGUCGCCGGCGUCCGACGCGGUGACGCCGAGCGCGGAGACCACGCCGCUAAUCUCGCCCGCGCCUCCGCUGGCAGACCACCCCGGCGCGCCCGACAGCGCGCCCAGCGACGCCGGCAUCUUCGACCGCUUCCUGACCCGCGUGCACGCCUUCUUCUCGCGCUUCUGCCACUCGCUCGGCGCCUUCUUCCUGCGCGCACUGUCGACGCUCAUGCUGCUCGCGGGCGUGGUCGCCUCCGUCGUCGUGCAGAUGCUCGCCUACUACUACACGGGCGUGCUCAACCCGUGGGUCUUCCUCGCCUGCCUGCUGUUCGCCCCGACGCUCGCCGCCGUCACCGUCAUCCGCGCAGAGCUCAACUUCAGCGGCCCCAGCCGCUCGGGCGCCGGCCCUCGCAUGAGCCAGUACGUCACGCUCGCCUACCUCGUCAUCACCGUGUUCGCCGUCGCCAGCCUGAUGCAGCCCGUCGUCAUGCACGGCGAGAACAAGAUCCCGGGCAAGAGCAUGUGGACCGCCUUGGGGGGAGUCGCCCUGUUCUACUACUCCAUGCUCGUGUCCGAAGUGCUGUACGCCGUGGCUCUCAAUAUCGACCGUGCCAAGGAGCGCGAUGACGAGCUGCUCCGCCGCGACCGCGACGACCCGUUCUGGCUGUCGUCAUACAACGCGACGCGGCAGGCGUGA